UGAAUUAAAAAAAAAAACCGUUCUGCAGGCCAGAUGGUGUGGGUACGGUGACUCUGGAAGAGAAAGAGAAAUUCCAAGAAAUCAAGGAACGUUUACGGGUAUUGUUGGAAAAGCAAAUCACCAAUUUUCGGUAUUGUUUUCCAUUUGGUCGUCCUGAAGGUGCUUUGAAGGGAACUUUGUCACUUCUGGAAAGGGUGCUUAUGAAAGACGUUGUAUCGCCAGUACCACCUGAAGAAGUUCGUGCAGUUAUACGGAAAUGUCUUGAGGAUGCAGCUUUGGUCAACUAUACGAGAAUUUGCAAUGAAGCAAAAAUUGAACAACGAAUGGGUGUUGAUGUGAGCCCCCAACAACGAAUCGAGGAUAUGAUGCGAGUCACGGAGUACUGUAUCGAUCUGCUAAAAGAAAAUGAGGAACAUCAUGGGGAGGUGAGUGUUUUUUAGCC